ACGACGGGGGCAAUGGCGAGCAAGAUUCAGAUGGAAACUUUAUGGAAGUUCUUCUUCCAGGAGGAUGGAGAUCAUGGGAGAAGUCAGAAUUCUGAGACGAUUGAAGCAAAUGACGAAUUGUUGGAAGCGUUGCGGGGCAGGAUGUUCCAGACAGAUGAAACAGCUGGCAAGACGAAUACAGAGUCGCACUACGAAAAGGAACUAGAUUUCGAUGUCAACGUGUUCCUCCGUUCCUGCCCUCUCCUGUUCUACGGUGCGGCUAGUA